CGGGCGGCGGGGAGCGUAAAGCGGCGCGCUCUCCGUGGCGCACAGCCCCAUCCGUGGCGCGCAGCUGCGUCCAAACGAGCCAGGAUGCAUAGGAUCGCGCGCAGCGCUUAAAGGUUGUGGGCUACACCACGUGACAAGGGGGCCCGGCAGCCUCGGCGCAAGCCUAACGACUUUGCGCAGGCGCGCUGUGGGCGGGGAGGACGCGCCCCCGGGGGCCGGAUCAGCUGGCAGGAGGCGUGCGCUCUUGCGCUCCCAGAGCCGGCGGCGGGGGCUGUUUUGGUGCGGAGUUCAGCAGGCAGGAGAGGGACAAAGCCGCAGCCGAGGCAGCAGCUCGUAGCGACCAGCCUCCCCCCGCGCGGAUCCUCUUCUGCUUAGGUUGCGUCGGCGUUGCGCGCCCCCCCCCCAUGCUCAUUGCCCGGGUCUGGCCAUCAUGACCACGCUCCGCUUGUGGGACCACCUGCGGGCCGGCAGCUCCGAGCUGGACUGGUGCGAAGACAACUACACCAUCGUGCCCAGCAUCGCCGAGUUCUACAACACGAUAAGCAACAUCUUAUUUUUUGUUUUGCCACCCAUAUGUAUGUGCUUAUUCCGACAAUAUGCAACCUGCUUCAACAGCGGAAUAUAUUUAAUAUGGACCCUGCUUGUGGUAGUUGGAAUUGGAUCUGUCUACUUCCACGCCACACUCAGUUUCCUGGGUCAGAUGCUUGAUGAACUCGCUAUACUCUGGGUUUUGAUGUGUGCUCUGGCUCUGUGGUUUCCCAGAAGAUAUCUUCCCAAAAUGUUCAGGAACGACAGGGGCCGAUUUAAGGCAGCAGUGGGCAUCCUCUCUGGGGUCACCACCUGCCUCGCCUUCAUUAAGCCUGCCAUCAAUAACAUCUCGCUGAUGACGUUGGGUCUUCCCUGCAGUGCCUUGCUUGUCGCAGAGCUGAAAAGAUGUGACAACGUGCGAGUGUACAAGCUGGGACUAUUUUCUGGCCUCUGGUGGACUUUGGCACUUUUUUGUUGGAUCAGCGACAAAGCAUUUUGUGAGAUCUGGUCGUCAUUCAACUUCCCAUAUUUGCACUGCGUAUGGCACAUCCUCAUUUGUAUCGCCGCUUACCUGGGCUGCGUGUGCUUCGCCUACUUCGAUGCCGUCUCGGAGAUCCCUGAGCAGGGCCCGGUCAUUAAGUUCUGGCCCAGCGAGAAGUGGGCCUUCAUCGGGGUCCCUUACGUCUCCCUCCUCUGCGCGCACAAGAAAUCGCCCAUGAAGAUUACAUGAUGUUCGUUGGUUCUAACCUGCCGGAGGAAGAGAGGCCAGAGAACGAGACCUGCGCCUUUCUUCCUCUGUCUCUACAAACUGCGGUUCUGCAAAGGGAACCCACGAGGGCGUAAGCUGCGUCUUCCCUGCCUCCCACCCCUCUUUCUGGCUCCCAAGCAAAGUUCUUAGGAGCGAGCAGCAAUGGCAACUCUUUUGCACCCCUUCUCUGUGGUUUUGGCAGAACUGGAGUCCCCCCCCCCCCAUUAGAAGUCUUGAAUUAUAGUACUGGCAAUGUUUUGCCGUGUGCGCUUUGCAUAGCGUUCUCUAGCUGGAACUAGACAUCGUGGGAGAUGUGCGGUUGCUGUUGAAAAGGCGCCAAGCCAGGACUGCCAUCUCUUUUCCCCCUUCCUCAACCACCUACCUCCCCCCACAAUGUGUGGCGUCUUCCACAAUUAAACUCUGCCUCCCUUUUAACUGGCUGCCAGCUGCUCUUGCAGGGCGGGGACUCCCAGAAUGCUCUGACAUCACAGCAUGUCAACUUUGACAAUGCCACACGAUUUCCCAUAAAGCCCAGCCCCUGACAAAACCCCUCCAAUCAACUCCGAGAGAGUAUUUCUACAGGCAAUCUUUCGUUGUGAAGUAACCACAGGAUCCAGCUGUUACUGAAGGCUUUUGAAAGGUUUGCUUUGUAGUUCUACCACUAUCGCCUCUCUCACAGACUUGGGAGGAUAUUUAUACCGACAGCAUUUUCAAGGACAAAAUAUAUUUCUAGCCAAUCUGGU